AUGGCUGCUUCACGGGGCUUGCCGUAUGGCGUUCUUGCUGGCCGAGGCGGGGGGCGAACAGCCUUCGAGCCGAAUUCUGACCCGUCAUCCCCGCCGCCCCGUCGUGGGGCGCCGGACGACGUGCCGUUGGAUGCGCCGGAUGCGGUGGACUUGCCGGAGUUGCCGGGCGCGUGCCGCACAGUGGAGCAGCGUCACAGCGGAGCUUUGCGGCGGAGACGGCUGCAAGUGACUGCGCAGCUGCUGGGUGUUGAGGAUAAGAAGCUCUGGAAGCUGGGUAGAGGAUGGCGUGGUGUGAGGGACGAGGGCGUCAGGGACGAUGGAGUCAGGGACGAUGGGGCAGAGGGCUACAGCCCCAGGGAGGUGUUAACUGUCAGCCGUAGUCGAAUCCGGUGCAGUGCAGACUGGGGAUUUUCUUUGGAGUUGCUCCCUAUCGCUGCUCGCAUCGCUUGGCAGCAAGCCACUGGUAGCGACCAAGCAGUGGAGAACACCCGUCGCUUGCAACAUGUUUUGGAGGCACUGGGCCCCGCCUUCGUGAAGUUGGGCCAAGCAGCGGCCUGUCGCGAAGACAUUUUGAGCCAAGCAGUGGCCGCUGAGCUUCGGAAGCUUUGCGACCAGGUCGCACCCUUUGACCACCUCGAGGCCCGACGCUUGGUCGAAUGCCAGCUGGGCGGCGCAGCCGCUGCGGCCGCAGCCGCGCGGGUCACGGCGGAGAGCUGUGUGGCCGCGGCCAGCCUGGGGCAGGUGUGGCCUUGGUGGAAUUGGAGUCCAGAAGAUGACUUUUUCUCAAGGUAUCGCAUCCAGUUGCAUGGUCAGACCUUUGCCAUGAAAGUUCAACGUCCUGGAUUGAAUCGGGCCCUUGCCAUCGAUGUGGUCAUACUGAAAGGCAUGGCUCGUGUUCUCCGCUGGCUGGUUCGGCACUUCAUGGCUGCAAGUGUCGACCCAGUUCAGAUUGUGGACGAUUGGGCUAAGACCCUUUGGGACGAGCUGGACUACAAGAAGGACACACCAAUGCCAUCCGGGAAGACAAACAUCCUUCAAGAAUGGGUGGAGGGCCAAAAGCUCACAGAGUUCCCCCGAGCGGUGAAGAAUCAGCACGUGGGCAUCGGUGUGGAAGCCUUUGCGGCCAUGAUCCUGGAUGUGGGGGUGGUCCAUGCUGAUCCGCACCCUGGGAACUUCAUCGUCACCGGCGACGCCGAGAUUUGCUUGCUGGACUUCGGCAUGGUCUGCCGGGUCCCGGAAGCUCAUCGCCGUGCCUGGGCCCAGUGCGUGGUGGACCUCGUGCGCAAGGACCACAGUGCUGUCCUGGACGACCUCAUCGAGAUCGGCUUUUUCCCAGCGGACUGCCCUCGCCACGAGAUUUUGCCCGUCAUGUCCAAGAUUUGGGCCAAGCUAGUGGAGUGCGGCAGCGACAUCCACAAGCGGAAAAGCGCUGUGCAGUUGCUCUACCAGGAGAUUUUGACCUUGGUCCGGCGGUUUGAGUUUAGCUUGCCUGAUUACUAUGUGGCCCUCGUGCGCGCGCUGCUCACAUUGGAGGGCAUUGCGCUGGCAGCAGACUGCCGCUCGGUUACAUUUUUGGGGGGGGAAUGA